UUGUAUGGACCUAACCUACCGAGUAUAACGUACGUAUUGCUAUGGUCUACUAAUUAGAAUAGAGAGUGGGAGUGGAAGAGGCAUUCUUUGAGUUGAGAGGUUCAGAAUGAACGGUUUAAGAAGUGAACGAGCCCCUCUCUUGGAGACUGAGCGUGGAGGAAGGGGAAAGAGGGAUGGUGCCUCAGAAGGUCAAGUCUCAGACCUUGAACAUGGUGAUGCAGUGCCGGCGGCAAAUGUGGGAUUCUUUCGAGUGUUUUCACUUGCAAAGCCCGAGGCCGGGAAGUUGGUGAUUGGUACAGUGGCUUUGUUGAUUGCAGCCACAUCAAGUAUCUUAGUUCAAAAAUUUGGUGGGAAGAUUAUUGACAUUGUCUCAAGGGAUCUCCGAACUCCAGAGGAGAGAGAUGAAGCUUUGAAUGCUGUUAAGAGCACUAUACUAGAAAUUUUUCUGAUCGUUGUCUUCGGUUCAAUUUGCACUGCACUUCGAGCUUGGCUUUUUUAUACUGCUAGUGAAAGGGUUGUUGCACGUCUGAGAAAGAAUUUGUUCAGUCACCUCGUAAACCAGGAGAUAGCCUUCUUUGAUGUUACACGAACCGGGGAACUUUUAAGUAGGCUAUCUGAAGAUACACAGAUCAUAAAGAAUGCUGCAACCACCAAUCUUUCUGAGGCCCUGAGAAACUUUUCAACUGCAUUUAUUGGUCUGAGUUUCAUGUUUGCAACAUCAUGGAAGUUAACAUUGUUGGCUUUGGCUGUUGUACCUGUUCUUUCUGUUGCUGUUCGCAAGUUUGGUCGUUACCUGCGAGAACUUUCUCAUAAAACUCAAGCUGCAGCAGCCGUUGCUUCAUCAAUUGCUGAAGAAUCCUUUGGUGCAAUAAGAACUGUAAGAUCAUUUGCCCAAGAAGAUUAUGAAAUAACACGCUACUCAGAUAAAGUUGAAGAAACACUUAACCUUGGUCUUAAACAAGCUAAAGUUGUUGGACUCUUUUCUGGAGGUCUUAAUGCUGCAUCUACACUUUCAGUUAUUGUAGUUGUUAUAUAUGGAGCUAAUUUGACAAUCAAGGGUUCCAUGUCCUCCGGUGAUCUUACAUCUUUCAUUCUUUAUAGUCUCUCAGUGGGGUCUUCUAUAUCUGGUCUGUCAGGAUUGUAUACAGUAGUUAUGAAAGCUGCAGGUGCUAGUAGAAGGGUAUUUCAACUUUUGGAUCGUACCUCAUCCAUGCCUAAGUCGGGAAAUAAUUGUCCACUGGGUGAUCAAGAUGGUGAAGUAGAACUAGAUGAUGUGUGGUUUUCCUACCCAUCACGCCCUAAUCAUCCAGUGCUCAAGGGCAUUACAUUGAAACUGCGUCCAGGAACAAAGGUAGCUCUUGUUGGUCCAAGUGGUGGUGGAAAGAGUACAAUUGCAAACUUGAUUGAAAGGUUUUAUGACCCAACCAAGGGAAAGAUUCUACUGAAUGGCGUUCCUUUGGUAGAAAUAUCGCACAAGCACUUACACAGAAAGAUCAGUAUAGUGAGUCAGGAACCUACACUCUUCAACUGUUCCAUAGAGGAGAACAUAGCUUAUGGAUUUGAUGGCAAAGUGAACGCUGUUGAUUUAGAAAAUGCUUCUAAAAUGGCCAAUGCACAUGAAUUUAUAUCAAAAUUCCCAGAAAAAUAUCAGACCUUUGUUGGAGAGCGUGGGGUAAGGCUUUCAGGAGGGCAGAAACAAAGAAUAGCAAUUGCUAGAGCCCUGCUUAUGGACCCAAAAAUUCUCCUCUUGGAUGAAGCGACCAGUGCCCUGGAUGCUGAAAGCGAAUACCUAGUGCAGGAUGCCAUGGAGUCUCUUAUGAAAGGAAGAACAGUUCUAGUCAUUGCUCAUAGGUUAUCAACAGUUAAAACUGCUGAUACCGUUGCAGUUAUAUCUGAUGGCCAAGUAGUUGAGAGUGGCACUCAUGAUGAGCUUCUCAGCAAGAACGGUGUCUAUACUGCAUUAGUGAAGAGACAACUGCAAACAACAAAAGCCGAAGCUGAAAUCUAGUCUCUGACCCUCUGUGUGGUAGCAAAUUAGUCUCUUGUCUGCCGGUCAGGGGAGGGGCAUAUGAUACUGAGGCACAAGUUCAUUGGAAUUGGAAGACCUUCACUCCCACACUUUCAAGUUACAGCGUUACUCUGUUUCAGAGGAAAGAAAAACGAGUAGAAAAAAUUUGAAAUUUGAAUUGCAGAGGAAUUAGAAAGAAAAAAAUUAUUUUUUAAAAAAUAUCAAAUUUCUUUCUAUUUCCCUCUUAGUUGCUGUUCAGCCAAAUAAAAAAAAUGUUUCAUUAUCCAUAUUUUCUUUCAUCUAGUCCAAAGGCAUGAUCAAAGUUUAGCAACAAAUUGUGGAUACUACACAUUAACUACCCCUAUAGUCUGUCACAACAUAUUUAUGGCACUUAAUAAUACAUAAUAUAUGCUUUUAACUUCAUUCCUAGUUUUAUGUAAUAGAUGAUAACUAGUGAAUUGUGAGCAUAUGUUUCUGUCAUGUCCAAUGAGGUGUCAUUAACUUUGUUACAAUUUGCCUUUUGUUAUCAGGCAAUUGUAACCAACUUGGGUAUUAUUAAGUUUGAUGGCCAAUGAAAAUUUUACAUCAUCAUUCA